AUGUUCCCAUACUCUGCUCUCUCUGACGUCUCGAAGCUCGUCUCGAAGAUGGCAGCGGAAACAACGGACCCAGCUAUCGCCAUGCACGUCUGUAACAGAGGGACUGCGUUUGGAGAGGAGCCGCAGGGUGCUAAGCCAGGCAUAGCAAUCAUGAUGUACGAUGCCAAAGGAGAGUCCCACGCACGCUCCGCCGCCGGAUUUGGCUGGUUCUUCCAACACCCCGACGGCGUCGAGUUCGCUGGCCGCGCGAUGAGCGUCGCCGACGUCAACGCCCUGGGCGACAGCUUCAAGCACUGGCAAGGCAGCAAUAAGUUCUGGCUGUGUGCGCCUUUGUUGAGCGAAAUGGACGACGAGACGGUCGUGCGAGCGUGGAAGUGGUGGGAGGACAGCAUUAAUUUGCACGAUGACUUCCAGACUGGGUCGGUCGUUUUGAUGGAAUUUAUGCAAGGGCCAGCCAUGAGCUCCUCCGGCGGAAGGUCGAAGACAGCGUGGCCGCAUUACGAACGCCGCCAUGUGAUGCAGCUGGGCUUGGGUCGCAAGACCGAGGGCUCGCCUGAGAAUCUGCGUGAGAUGGCCAUGAAGCAGUUCACAAAGGCCGGGCAACUGAUCGCUGGACCGGAGAAGGACACGAAAGAGUACCACGCCGGCUUCCUGCACGAAUGGAACAAUCUCCGCGAGGUGUAUGGCGAGAACUUUGACAAGCUGAAGGAGAUCAAGAAGCAAUAUGAUCCGAAGAAUCGGUUCAACAAGGGCGUGUCGCUGGCAGAUGAGAAGGUGACUCCGGGGGCAUUUGUUUGA